CUAGGUACAGUGGAACCCCGAUAAGUCGGCCCCCGAUAACCCGGAAGUCCGGCUAACCCGGACCGAUUUUCAUCAGACAAAAAUUUAACAAAUAAACAAUUUAACAAUUUUAUCAAAUAAAAAUGUAUGUAGGCCAAAUAUUAUUUGAGAGAUAACCUGUCUGUAUUCCUUUUCCUUUAUUUAUGCCAAACUGUCUUAGCAUUGUUUAAAAUAGACGUGACUAUUUAAAAAUUCCUUUUUAAAACAAUGGGCUUAGUCUGUUCUUAAAUAACAACAUUGUUCCUUGUAACCGUAUUGUGUGUAAUUGUGUUUGUGUGAUUUUUGUCUACGUAAUGGUAACAAAACGUAAAAAUGUUGUAGUGACAAUGGAAAAGAAACUAGAAACAUUAGGUAGGAUUGAUAAAGGCGAAUCUUUAAAAUAAAUUUAUUGCAGCAUCAUAAUAUGAUAUUAUGAUACCAUAGGUCUGGAUCCCGCGUAUGAAAAAAAAGUUGAUUAAUAGCAAGCUAAAAAUUUGUUAAUAGCUUAAGGGUGUCUAGUAGGAUAAACUUUGAUAUAUGGGAACACUGUAACAGGGGCAGUAUUAAUUGUGGAACAGGUCAAAAAUUUGGAACGGUCAGAACACGAAAAUGGCACAUUUGUUUUGUCCGACAGAACAGACAUAAACUCUCCGAACAGAGAUUAAACUCUCAUGCAAAAAUCAGACUGCUAUUUAUCACCUGUCAUAAUUCCUGUCAUUUGACAUAUUCUACAUGUUCCACUCAUUAAAACGCCAAUUUGGUGAUAAAUAGCAGUCUGAUUUUUGCAUGACAGUUUAAUCUCUGUUCGGAGAGUUUAAGUCUGUUCUGUCGGACAAAAUACAUGUGCCGUUUUCGUGGUCUGACCGUUCCAAAGUUUUAACCUGUUCCACAGUUAAAACUUCCCCUGUUCCAGUGUCCCCUAUGUGUCCCAUAUAUUAAUGUUUGUCCGACUAGACACCCUUAAGCUAAUAACAAAUUUUCAGCUUGCUAUUUAUCAACUUUUUUUUCGUACGCUGGAUCCAGACCUACCAUAUUAUGGUGUCGGUACAUCUCUACAGUAUGACUGAGUUUUUUACCAAGAAAUGAACAAAACUCUACACUCUAUACAACUAUACGUAAUUUAGAUGUGUACUGUGCAUAUGUAUUUCAUGUUUUUGUAAUUAUAAUGGAGGUUAUUUAUUAAUUUUUACUAUAUUCUCCGGCUAACCCGGAUUUUCGAUAACCCGGAUCGGCCGCGGUCCCGAUUAAUCCGAGUUAUCGAGGUUCCACUGUAUUUUCGAAUUUCGUAUCAGGCGGGGAUAAAAUUUUAACUACAAGCCGACCACCAGAAGCAAAAGCAAAGAAAACAAAAAACAAGAGGAACAUUUGGAACAAGAAGAACAUAUAGAACAAGAAGACAUUUUGGAAACAACAAUCAUGGCAACAGAAAAACAGGAGUUAUCAGGAAUAGAUAAAUUAUUACAACUGAUGCAACUCCAGUCACAAAAAAUGGAAGAAAAUCAAAGGGAAACAAAACAAGCAAUGGAUAAAAUGGAUAAAAAUCAGGAGGAAACAUCAAAGAAAAUAGAUAACAUGCAAGAAAAUCAGGAAGAAACAAAACGAGUAAUGCAAGACAAUCAACAGGAAACAAAACAAGCAAUAGAAGAGAACAAUAAGAAAAUAGAGGAACGCAUAGGAAAGUAUGAAAAGGAAAUAAAAGGAUGAAAAUUUGACAACAAUGAAAAACGAGAUAGAACAACAAGAAAUGAAAAUUAAAGAUCACAUGAAAGAACAAGAAAUGAAAAUUCAAAAUAAAAUGGAGGAGUUAACAAAUUGCCAGAAAAAGGAACUAGAAAAUUUGGAAAAUAAUAACUAAAAUUUGGGGCGCAAAUAAACGGACUUUGGCAACAAUAAAUGAAGGAAUAUGAAUAAGGGUUCGAUUGGGAAAGAAAUUUGAUGCACUACAAUGUGUUAUAAUGCCGAACAUGAUACAUGAUAUGAUCGUAGGAGUGGAUGAAUUGUCAGAAAAACAAGUGGUGAUAGAUUUCAAAAAUAACACGAUGAAAAUCACAGAGGAAAAAGAAGAACAGGACAUUAUGGAAAUGGACAAGGAACAUGAGAAACGGAAAAAGGAAAAUUUAGACAAAAAACAAACGGUGGAAAUGAAUUUGGCAAUGAAGCAAGGACAGAAAAGAAAGAGGAGAAAGCAAUAGAAGAUGAUUAAAGAAGAUGAAGCCUGGGAUUCCUCGAAAGAAGAGAUGAGCACAGAAGAAGAAAAGAUUGACAAAGGAAAAUGAAGCUUGGGAUUCCUCAAAAGAAGAGAUGAGCCCAGAAGAAGAAAAAGAAGAAAAGAGAUUGACAAAGGAAACUGAAGCUUGGGAUUCCUCAAAAGAAGAGAUGAGCCCAGAAGAAGAAGAGAUAAGAAUAGAAAAGGAAGGCGAAAGAGAUACAAUUGAAACUGUAGUAUUUGAAGAAGAAGUAUGCGAAAAGGAGGAGGCAGAAUACACAAUAAACAUGUGUAAAGAAUCAGAGGAAAAAGGAAGAAAACUGAUAUGUGGAAAAGAAAAGGAGAAGGAACUGCGUGUAAAAUUGAGGGAGUAUGAAAAUUUAAUAAAUGAAGAAAACAAAGUAGCCAAAAAGUAUGAACAUUCCUUUGAGGUUAAAGACGUAGGAAAUUUUCGAUCGAAAACGUACCCAAUCCCAUAUAAGUACAGACACUGGGACAAAGGAAGCAAUUGUUUUUCAGGCGGGAAUAAAUAUUUUGAUAUAAAAGAAAACUGUUGUUGUCGAGAGAAAAUCAUUCUUUUCGUUGCACUUAUUGAAAACGAUUUUAUCUCAAAACAAGGCGGGGUUGUUAUUGUGUAUCAAUCUAUCAAUCAAAGAUAGAAUAAGAAACUUUAUUAAUGUUAGUAUAACGCGGGCACAUAAAUUUGAUACACCCUGUAUAUUGAUUUGUAACUAUUUAUUAUAAGUAGUUUUUAAGAAGUGGGUUUAUCUAUAAUGAGUUUUUUCCCUGAAAAAUAAAAGACAUUAGGAAAGAAAGUAAUAUGAAUAGACAAAAAGGUCACAAUGGACAAAGGCUUGGUUUCAAAACUGAGCUAUGUACUCUGAUGUCAGUUUACUGGAAGAAUUGCGACUUGAUCCAUCAGAUUGACUUAAUUACUUGAGAAUGGAUCAAAGUACAUAUUUUGAACUAUUUUUUUUAAUAACUCUUUUGAUACAAAAACAAGACAAGCGAAUGCGACGGGCUAAGUAAUUAAAGACAUACUGACUGCAACAUUUUUGGCAACUGUAAAGAGCUAGGAACUACACUUCAUUUUGAUUCAUAGAGUUGGACUUCAUUUUUUUAAUCAGUUUUUCGUGGGCUUUUUUUUUCUGACAAUCACUGUACGGUUUAUUUUUAAUUUGCCAUAAACAGGGAUAACUUCUGUAAAGCUCUAGGAAUUCAGUAAAAAAAAUUUCUCAACAUGGUCUCUAGAUCACUCAUGGUUCUUAAUACACCGUUUGUUUUCUCAUAAAAUGCUCAAUAAUAUGAAAUAUCCAACGAGCGUUCUUACACGACUGAUUGAAAAUGAAAGAUGCAGAGACUUGUCCAUACAACUGUCGUUGU